AUGGCGGACAACGAAGAAGGUUCUGGGCUUCAAAAAUCCACAAAUAAUCCAGAAUCAAAGGAUUUACAAGAAAGUAAAUUGGAGAAGCAAAAUGGAAGUUCUAGUAAAUCUCCAUCAUCGCAAACAACUUAUAUUCAACAGGGAAUGGAGGGUAUAAAAGUGUACUUACACGAACGAGAGUUGUGGAUGAAAUUCCACGAAGUAGGGACCGAGAUGAUCAUCACUAAAGCAGGGAGGCGAAUGUUCCCGAGCUUUAAAGUGAAGGUCACUGGACUGAACCCCAAAACCAAAUACAUUCUGCUGAUGGAUGUCGUGCCAGCGGACGACCACCGCUAUAAAUUUGCCGACAAUAAAUGGUCAGUUACAGGUAAGGCAGAGCCCGCAAUGCCAGGCAGGCUCUAUGUCCAUCCCGACUCUCCUGCAACAGGCGCGCACUGGAUGCGACAGCUAGUUUCCUUCCAGAAACUCAAACUCACCAACAACCACCUGGAUCCUUUUGGGCAUAUCAUUUUGAACUCUAUGCAUAAAUAUCAGCCGAGAAUACACAUCGUCAAGGCGGAUGAAAAUAACGGGUUCGGCUCCAAAAACACUGCAUUCUGCACUCAUGUGUUCCCUGAAACAGCUUUCAUAGCAGUAACGUCUUACCAGAACCACAAGAUUACCCAGCUGAAAAUCGAGAACAACCCUUUCGCGAAAGGUUUUCGUGGCAGUGAUGAUAUGGAACUGCAUCGGAUGUCAAGAAUGCAGAGCACCAAGGAGUAUCCAGUGGUUCCCCGAAGCACGGUGCGUCAAAGAGUGGGCACAAGUCAUAGUCCUUUCAGUGGCGAUGUUCAAGGGAUGCCAACACCCAGCAGCAUGGGUUCUCAGUACAGCUGUGAGAAUGGGGUUACCAGCACCUCGCAGGACCUCCUGCCCCAGUCCAGCUCCUACCCAUUACCUCAUGAGCACAGCCAAGACUAUCACUGCAUCAAGAGAAAAGUCGAGGAUGAGUGCCACACAGGGGACCACUCCUACAAAAAAGCCUACAUAGAUAGCUCAUCCAGCGAAGAUGACCAUUACUAUCGCCCCGUCAGCUACUCUCAAACUCUGGGCCUUGCAAGCGGCCCGUAUCGGACCGAGUCAGGACAGCGGCAAGCGUGCAUGUACGCCAGCGCUUCACAGGCUAGCGAGCCCGUUCCAAGCCUAGAAGACAUCAGUUGCAACACCUGGGCUGGCGUGUCUCCUUACAGCAGUUGUUCCAUGCAGCCAGUGGAGCGAUUGCCCUACCAGCACUUCUCCGCCCACUUCACCUCCGGACCCCUCGUGUCCAGGCUGAGCGGAGUGGCGGGCCAUGCCUCACCACAGCUGGGUGAUGCCCACGCCAUGUACCAGAGUUCGAUGCCCCACCAGACUCUGAGCCGGCAGUGUAACCCCGGAGCAGGAAUCCAUUCGCCCGGUUCCAGCAUGCAGGGGAACGAGUACUUGUACACUCACGGCAUUCCUCGUACCCUGUCGCCUCACCAGUAUCACGCUGUACACAGUGUGAGCAUCAUGCCUGAAUGGAACGAGGGAAGUUAA